AAUUGUUUCGCGAAAAAUGAAGUACUCCGUGGGAAUCAUUAUUUUGGCAGUUUUCAUUUCUCAAAAUGAAGCAACACCCGCGAGGGAUGUCCGCGAAUUGUACUUGAAAUCUCGUGACAUCAGAUCGUCACUGGAGUUGUACAAAGUGCGAAUGAUACCCGAGGAGAACGGAAAAUUCGCAGCAGUUGAACAGUACCAGAAUGAAAUGGCUGAGCUGUACGUGGAUAAUACAUUUGCAUCGAUCGAAACGGAGGAUCAUGAAGAUUGUAUGAGUGCCUUGAAAAUCGAGCUGGACAGCAUCUUAAUGAGCUACCGUAACACAACAGAGGAUUGCAUCAGGAAAAGUACUCCACACUGGGGAAUGAUCAUAGCCGAAAUGAAUGAUCUGAUAACUAAGGGACUAAAAUUCGAGGCUAAGGUUGAUGGAAUUGAAUCGACCUGUGCUGAUCACAAUGCCGGAAUCUUUGAGCAGUGCCUUGAUAAAUAUGUACCUGAGCUGAAAGAUUUCGUGGUAUAUUAUCAGGACCGAGAGGCAAGACUAAAGACUGAGGUUCAGGUAUUCACUGGCCUCGGGUUCGCCGAAUUUGGAGUGUGCAACAAAUCAUCGACGGAAGAAUUCCGGAAGAGACUCAUCACAGCAGAUGAAGACGCACGUGAAUGCAUCAAAGUCGAAUAAUGUCGUGUAAUUUUCCAUUUGAAAAUAUUAAUUGAAACUUGUGGAUUUAUUAAUGAAUUUCCUAUGAAAUUCACUCAUGAAACCCGUUGAAGUCCUCAAUUAAUCGAUGACUUCUGGUGAGUUAUGGGUCCCCCAUA